CUUUUCUAGAAAUGCUUAGAUAGAGCAAAUAUUAUAUUCUCACUCCCCUUGUUCCCUCUACUGGUUUUACUUUUAUUUUAUUUUUAUUCCUUCUUUCAUUUUCAUUCUGUUCAUAUUAAGCGUUUGAAAAGACUAUCUUUACAAUAACGAAAAUGUCACAACAAGCUACUGCCACCGAUACCAAAAAAACGAAAAAGAAGUCCUCUUCUGACAAGAAGAAGAAGGCUUUAGCAAAGCAACAACAGCAACAAGCUCUCCAACAACAACAACAGCAACAAUCACCAGCAAAAAAAGAUAGUAAAAUGCCCAAGCUUCGUCUGGAUAUUAAUCUUGAAGCCGAAGUGUAUCUUAAAGCCAAAGCGCACGGUGAUGUGACAUUGACUUUGCUGUCGUAAGAUUCCUCCUUAACUCUCAUCUAUCCUUUAGCUCCCUUCAUACAUAUUACUCUGUACUAUUAGUUUUCGCUGCUCUUAUUAUUAACCAGUCCGAAUUUAUAAAUAUUAUCUUGUAUAAUCUUUAUUUAUCCGUAUUCAGCAAUUGUGUAAUGAUAUUCAUUGAUCCUGAAUAUAAAAAUAAAUACCAUGUUUAUUAAAUGAAAAAAAGCAGA